GAUGGCAAGCCCAAGAGCUCGUGCAUCUUUACUGUCUCCUGCAGCCCGUAAACUGCUUCGUAAAUCUAAUAUGUCACCUAAAGUUAGUGCAGAUUCUCAGUUAAGAGAUUUUUAUGCAUCCCCGUCUAUGACUU